GGGGAAAGGGAGGGGCGACGGCUUCGACGGCCUGAGCACCGACCGCCUUCAGCUGGAGUUGCUGGAGGAAACCCACCGGAAGUAGUAAAUGGAAAACCCGUUAUGAGACACAGCUUGAACUAAACGAUCAACUAGAAAAGCAAAUUGCUUAUCUUGAAGAGAAAAUGGAAAAAAUCCGUGGAAAUCCUUCAGAUAGACUAUCUUCUAUUCGUGUCUAUGAACGAAUGCCAGUGGAAUCCUUAAACACAAUCCUUAAACAGCUAGAAAAAGAAAAAAGGAGUCUUGAGAAUCAAGUGAAAAACUAUGCAUUCAGACUGGAACAAGAAACAAAGGCUUACCACAAGACCAACAAUGAACGCCGCACAUACCUAGCUGAAAUGUCUCAGGUUUCUGGCUCUCAUCAAGAUUCUAAAAGGCAACAGAUGGAACAACUGCCUAGGAUGAAAGAGAAUCUAGUGAAAACAGGAAGAUAUAAUCCAGUUAACCAGAAGACAGUGAAUGCCAAGAGAGGACCAGUAAAAAAGAUUCCAAGGUCAAACCAUCUUCCGAAACUCAAUCCAUGAUUCCAGAACUGAAUGGAUUUCUAUUUCUUCCUUUUUUCAUCUAUAAUAUUCAACUUGUGAAGUUAUUGUUCAGCACAUUUCUCAGGGGGUGAAAUAGAUAAGAAUGAACUGCCAAACUUCCCUUUAGCUGGUCUUCCAGAAGUUUGUCCCUUUGCCCGUAUUGAAAGUACUUUUCUCCAGGGACCCUAAAAUAUCUAAUAGAAGUACUUGUGAUUUUUUUAAAUGUCUCAGGAAAUCUGAAGGUUGGCAUCAUUACACUUGCUUUUAAUAA